AUGUCGCUGUUCGAUCCACUGGGCCUCGCCACUCCCAUCACCAUACAGGCGAAGAAGAUAUUGCAGGAGACGUGGCGUACCGGUAUCGACUGGGACACCGAGCUGCAACCACGGGAAGCGGACGCCUGGCGGAGCUGGAUGGACCACGUGCGACGGCUGUCCGCGCUGGAGGUGCCGCGGUGCUACCCGGAGGUAGCCACGGCCGAUACAGCGGAGCUGCAUACAUUCGUCGACGCCAGCUCGGACGCGUACGCCUGUGCGGUGUACUGGCGGGCCGAAGGCAAACAUUUGCUAAAAAUCAGUAUCCAUCCAGUCUAG